UUCAUUAGCUUUUUCACCUCACAUUCAUUCCAUUUGAAGAACAAAUUUCUUUCUUCACAGCACAUUGAAAUACAAACAACAUUCAAAUAGAACAUUUUACAUUUAAUAGGACACAUGGCGUGGAGGUGUUCAGGCGUUUCGAAUUCGGACCUGGUGAACCGACUCGCUCAGGCCAAUCUCAUUACUUCGUCAAGAGUCAAGGAAGCUAUGCUUGCAGUAGAUCGUGGUCAUUAUUCAAAGUUUAAACCAUAUGAGGAUGCACCUCAGACUAUUGGAUACAACUCGACUAUCUCAGCUCCACAUAUGCAUGCUGCAGCUCUAGAAAGCUUGGCUCCAUACCUAACCUCAGGGGCCAAAGUGCUUGAUGUGGGUAGUGGCAGCGGAUAUUUGACAGUUUGUAUGGCACAGAUGGUGGGACCAACGGGACAUGUGGUGGGAGUAGAUCACAUUCCAGAACUGAUCGAACAAUCAAAGAAAAAUACCAUGCAGGACCAUCCCGAGUAUAUUGAGGAAGGACGUGUGGUCUAUCAUACUGCUGAUGGACGAGUGGGGUAUCCCGCAGCUGCACCAUAUGAUUGCAUUCAUGUUGGAGCUGCUGCUGACUCGAUGCAUGAAGAGCUAGUGGCGCAGCUCAAAGCGCCUGGUAGGAUGUUUAUUCCCGUAGGUGGGCACCAUGGGCAAGCGAUCUUUGUGGUGGAUAAGGACUCGGAGGGCCAUAUUACCAAGAAAAAGGCUAUGGAUGUUCGGUAUGUCCCUUUGACAGAUGCCGAGAAGCAGUAUAGUCGUUAAGAAACUGAUAACGUAUGUGUAUAACGGGUGCGAUUUUUAUCCUUCAAGAGCAAUGUAUAUGUCUAUUCCAGGAACAAUAUUGAUAUUAUUAGGGCAUUUGCUGAAGCAACAGAAGAGAUUGCUUAUUUUCUAGCAAAUCAUGUAUUGGGAGCUUGAACGGUGGCUGUCAAGAAUAGGAUAGUAAUUUUACUAUCUGGAUGUUAUAUUUGUAAUAUUUUUCAUGUUGAUCUGCAAAGAUAAUAAAAGGA